AUGGAAAAGUUUAAACUUAGUAAAGAAAAAUUAGCUAAGGAAAAAAUAGAAAAUGGUUUAUAUUAUGAAGCUCAUCAAUUAAUAAAAUCAAUUAUAAAUAGGAAAUUACAGAAAAAUCAAAUAAAUAGUUGUAUAAGUAUUUUAUUUUAUUUUUCUUUAAAAUUUGCGAAUUGUAAGCAGUAUGUUUUAUUAUGUGAUUUAAUGUAUCAAUGUUGUAUUAUAUUAACACAAAAUAAUAUAAAAUUUAAUUUAGAUUAUGCUAACAAAAUAAUUGAAAUUUUUAAAAAAUGUCCACCUAAUUCAACUGAAGAAAAAUAUAAAUUUAUGAAUAAAUCUAUCAUUUGGUCAAAAGGUGAAGAAUAUGCAUAUGGAUAUUUAGAAUUUCAUAAAGCUAUUGGUUAUUCUUAUUUUGAAGAUAAACAAUAUGGUUUAGCUCACAAUCAUUUUAUUUAUUUAGAUGAUAAUGAAAUUUUGUAUAAAAUAAUUUCUUUGUGGAAAAAAGAAGCUUAUCCAAGUGAAAGCCACUUUUUUGUUUUAAGAACAGUUUUAUGUUUACUUGUUUUAAAUAAAUUUAAUCAAGCAUUAAAACUUAUAAAUAUGUUUGAACCUAAUUUAAAUAGAAAAGAUGUUCCUUUACCAAUUCAGUUAGCUUAUUUAAUUGCAUGUGCUUGUAUAUAUAAAAGCUUAUCAUUAUAUGAAGAUGUCAAAUAUAAAUAUAGAUUAAUAUUAAAUUAUGAUCCCGAGUUUCAAAAAUAUAUUAAAGUAUUAGAUGGUUCUGUUUUUAAUAAAAAAAAAAGCGAUUUAUUCAGUAUUUUUCAAAAUAUAUUUGCAUAA